AUGAGAAACACCCCCAUAAAUCGAAUUGUUUUAUUUAGCAGUUUUACGAUUUUAUCUCGAAAGAGUUUUACUGAUGCUUACAACGACAUUACGGCCUUAAUGGCAUAUUACGCAUUAAUGCUCAAAGUCUUCUUAAUUUUAAAACUUUCCUCUGUAUUAAGUUCACAAUAUACUCACUGGCAAAACUUUAGUGGCAUGGCUCAGUUAAAAUAA